UUUGAAAUUUGUGACGUAGUUUGGGUAUAUUUCUGAGGGUCAGACUGGAAGACAAGAAUUAAUUGACCGUCGUGAGCGCGUUACGUUACGCGCUUGUUAACGUUUGUUUGUGUUACUUUACUGCGGCUGCUGGUCGCAGGUAGCGUAGUUUACAUUUACCUUUGCUUCUGUCUACUGGCGCGGCUCCAUUAAAAGCAUUAACUAAAAUUAGACUAGUAACAACAGCAAUAAGUGUGUUUCAUGCUGCCGGAGUGCACUGUUUUUGCGGUUGCACAUGCACUUUCAUACACUAAUGCGGCAAUUAUAACGGUGUGUUAGCAGCGCGCGUGUGACGGGAUUUCAGUCCCUGGGAGUUUCCCCUGUCGUCUGUUCCGUUCCUGUUCUUUUUGUUUGUUUUUUGGCAGUGCGCUUUUACCGUUAGCCGAAAAAUUCAAUUCUAAGAAAAGGCAAAGGAAAAGCUGAGAAAAAUAAGUAAAAAAGUAUAGAGAGAGAGAGAGAGAGAGAACCAACGGCAAAUAACAAAAAUCAUAGACUACGAACUACGAAUCAGAAGACGAAAGGCAGAGGAAGAAGCCGAGUAAAGAUAAAUGCAAAGCUAUUUCAACUAAAUAAAGUUUACAAUCCACUGCCAGGCAAUUCAGUCGGGGACCAUUGGCUCCAUCAAUCUGUUCCUCUGCAACACUUGUUGCUCUUCUCCUUACCAACGAAACCACGCAGUAUCGUGCGGAGAGAGGCGUCUGGAGCGUGAGGGUGACAACUCUGACAUGCAUUGGGCUGGCAGCUGGUCACACUCAACUCUUCCGCUCGAACAGCUAACGACGAAAACACCAGCAGUAUCAGCAUCCAUCUGAGAAGGAGACGGAACCGCAGACCUGGAGUGGAGUGCAUUCAACAUGGACGACGAGCUAUGUCGUAUCUGCAUCGGCUCUCACGCGAGCGGCAGUCCCAUGAAAAUGAUUUCAAUAUUCGGCGAGGACUCGCUCUGGCAGAAAAUAACCACAAUAGCCGACGUCCAGAUCACUAAGAACGACACGUUGCCGCAGCAGGUCUGCGUAGACUGCGCCAAGACCGCGAUCUCGGCCUACCUGUUCAAGAAGAAGUGCGAGGAUGCGGACAGAUUUUACCGUCAGCAACUGUUACUGAAGAAGAUCCACGGUUUGGAGAAGCAGGAGACGGGAGGAGAAACUAGGAAAGAUUCUGCCAGCGGGGACCGGGCCAAGAGCAGAGGCUGCAGCACUGCCAGCAGCAGUGGCACCGCCAGUGGCAGUACUACCGGUAGCGGAAGCAGCUCCUCCAGUACCAGCUCCGACGAUGACGAAGAGGAGGACAACGACAACGACAACGCAAAUGCAAAUGCCAAUCCCAAUCCCAAUCCCAAUCCCAAUGGCAAUGACAAUGAUAAUGGGAGCGUAGCUGGAGACGCGGGGUCGCGUCUACAGAAUGGUCAUGGAGAUGCCAUCAAUGGGCACCUGGUCGAAAAUCCCAAUGAUGAGGAUGUGGAGCAGGGGGAACUGCAUUUGGACCUGGAUGAUCGGCAAAGGUCUCUGUUCGAUGACGAGCAGCAGGAUCAGUCUGGCAUCGAACUCAGGAAUGGGGUGGCGCUGGCGGAUGGCGAAGAGGAUUUGGAGGUGAUGACCCAUGAAGAGUCACCCGACCAUGCCGACGAUGGCGAGAUACCCGUCCACGACGGCCACUCCAAGGAGCCGUUCGACUUCAACUCCAUUCGCCUGAUGCAGGAGUAUAUGCAGCACCAGAUGAACAAGUUCCCUAACGGUGGCGCCGGUUUGCCUGGUCACGAUCUAGAUCUCGACCACCAGCUCGAGGUGGAUGAGGAUGACGAUGACGAGGAGAUGACACUGCCCCUGAUUCCAGAAAUCGAGCUAAUUACGCCCGGCGAUGAUUCUAUGAUCGGCCCAGACGGCGCCGACCACUCAGAGGCCAUUGUGGCGGCCAAUGAGGCUGGACAGGUAAUGCGCGUGCAAGGAUUCCAGUGUCCGCACUGCUACCAGACCUUCGACAUGAAGCAGAUCCUUAAGGCGCAUAUGCAGAGUGUCCACGGCGCUCCGGGGCCCGUCUACGAGUGCAGCAAUUGCCGCAAGACCUACUUUUACAAGCGAUUCCUGGAGAAACACAUCCGACGCGGUCGCUGCGUGAAGAAGCGGCGCAACCAAACUCGGCCCAUGCAAUGUUCGGACUGCCAUGUCCUCUUUCCCACGGGCCACCAUCUGGGCUGGCACAAGCGCACCGGCUGUCCCUCCAAGGCGGCCAAGAUGCCCCUGCAGCAGCUCUUUAAGCAGAACAUUGUGCAGUUUAACAACUUCCCCAAGCGGGUCCCAGCCUCUGGAGGUGGAGCAGGAGCAGGAGCAGGAGCAGGAGCAGGGGCUGCACGCAAGCCCACAGCUCCGGAUCUUCACGUGAACAACCGCAAGCUGGGCUUGGUUAACAAGCGGAAGGGCCGUACCCGUAUUAAGCUAGACGCCAAGAAGAUCGCCCUGGCCAAGCAGCUGAUCCUGCGCGAGGCCACCACCACGGUGAUCGCCAACGAGCUGAACAUCUCGCGCACUUUUGCCUGGCGUCUGCGCAAGAGCCUCGUUAACGGAGUCAGUCUGCACGAGCGUGUGGUGGACCAGGCCGCUGAAGAGCAGCUCCAUCAACAGCAGCAGCAUAUCCAAGCGCUCCAGCAACAGCAGCAACAGGAAGAGGCUGCAGUCGCCUCGGCAGCGGCAACCGCAGCUGCAGUUGCAACCGCGGCAGCUGAGCGGGAGCGGGAGCAUCAACAUCUGAGUUUGCCCUUUGGCCACCUCGGCCUGGGCCUGAUCAAGGAGGAACGACAGGACAGCGAGGACGAGGAGCAGCAGCAGCUCCACCUCCAGCAUCAGCACCAACUCCACAACUCGCUGGCCUUGGGCGACGAGUGCGGGGCGGAUGAAAUUGGUGCAGAGGAAACAGCCGGCUACAUGGGCGACGAGGAUGCCGUGUGCAGCCUGCUCCACAAUGGCUAUGAUAUGCGUGGUCAGCUGGAAGACCCUGAUCCCGACUCUGAUCCCGUCGAGCACGACCCCUACGAGGGAAACGAGAACGAGCGUCAUCCUAAUGCGGGCGGGGCCAACUCCGUGUCGCCCCCGCCUCCACCGUUGGCCCCAGCUCCAGUCCAAGUGCCAGUGCAUGUGCCCUCGCGACCCACUGUCGAGGUGUACAAGCGUUUGCUGGCCGAGUCGCAGCACUUUCCACACAUCGUCAACGCCCAGCAGUUACAGCUACACCAGCAGCAACAGCAUCGGGAGCAGCUACAGCAUCAGCAAAAGCCAGCCCACAAUGGAGGAAUGCCGAUGCUCACCCGCUAUCCGCCCGCCGUCAUCCAUGCCCUUCCCGUGAACCUCUCCCUACGUUCCAUGGCCCACAUGAACAGCAACGAGAGCAAUGGCAGCAACAGCAGCAACAACACCGUCGCCGUCGCAGCGCCCCAUCCAGGCGCGACUGCAACGCCAUCGUCAGCGGCUGGUUCUGGUUCUGCGAAGAAGCCACGCAAGCCGAACGUCUUCAUCGAUGACGAGAAGUACGCCAUGGCCAAGCUUCUUGUGUCCCAGAACUCGUCGACUAUGGAGAUAGCCCGAGCGCUCAACGUAUCGCAGAUGACGGCCUGGAAGGUGCGCGAUGCAAUACUAAAGGGCGUGCCACUUUCCUAUCGCAACAAGCGCACCGAAGGACGUCAUUCAGCGCUAGGCGACGAUGCGCGUCAAACGGAUGUGGCAUCCGCCAAGGAGCAGCAUGCUCAGCAGUUGGCCCAGGAUCAGGAACUACAGCAGGUACACCAGCAUCAACAGGCACUGCAGCAGGCAGAGAAAGAGCGGCAGGAGCGUCAGAAGGGGCUGCAGCAGGAAAUGCAGCGACAACAACAGCAGCAGCUUGAGCAGAUGGAGCGCAUUAAGCAGCAGCGCCAACGGCAGGAGCUGAUCCGCCAGCAACAGCAGCAGCAGCAGCAGCAGCAACAGCAACAGCAACAGCAACAGUUGCGUCUUCAGACGCCAGCGGACACAUCACACUUUCAACAGCAGCCCCCACAGCAGCCUCAACAGCAGCAGCCACAGCUUCCGCUUCCGCGUCGCCGCCUGAAGGCUGCCGAACGGGAGCUUCGGGAUAAGAAUAUCACCCGGGAGAUACUCGAACUGAUCGAAGAGGAUAGCAACAUCCAGUACUGGAAAGUUUCAGCCCGCCUGGCCGAAAAAGGCAUCAACAUUUCGCCAUCAUCCGUCUGCCAGAAGCUCAAGUCGAUGGGUAUUCAUCGUCGCUGGAAGCCAGGCGACAAGCCCUCCAUGCUGGCCAUCAGCCAGAUAAAAGCGGCCACAGUUGCAGCGGCGCUUGCCGUCGGAGGAGUGGGAAUGGGCGUGGGUGCCAGCAGUGGAGUGAGUAGCAGCCACAGCUUUGUCGGAGUCGAUGAUGGAUACGAGCAGCAGCAGUUCGAUAUGGGCGGACCACAUUUUCUCAGUGCCUUCACGCGCUGAAUGAAUAGAGCACAGGCGCAAUGUCACCCCCUGGCACCUCCUGGCAUUCUCUGUACACAGGCACAACUGCACUGCGCCCCAUAAUUUUAGGUAUUAUAAAUCUUGGAUAGAUCAGAUCGGCACAAUUUGUAUUUUUUAUAAAGUAUUUGAGGGAGAGAUAGAGGAUCGCUCUCUGUAAUAUAAAAUUGUAUUCAAUAUGAGAUAUACAUAGAUAUAUACAUAUACGUGUAGAUGUAUAGGUAGAACUAGAUAUAUAUCAAAAAUAUAUGGUAAGCAUUCCUAGAAUGUCGCGCAACCACUAAUCAAUCCACACACAGCCACACUUAUGCACAUAGCGUGUUCAUUCCAGGAAAAUCAUUUCCGCGGUCCAUGUGGUUUUCCAGGCAUCUCCCUCUUGUACAGAGGGACACACAUUUAGUUGUUAGUUUUGGUCACAUAUUAUUUAUAUUCAUUGAUUGCAUAUCGCAGUUUGUGGGAAAUGGAUUCAAAGAUUCGCAUUGCAAAUAUUGCCCAUUCAUCAGUGGAUUUCACCUACGCACGUUUGCAAUUUACUCAGCACUGAACUUUAAUUUAGUUAAAUUAAUGUAUAAAACAACUAAACGAAUGACAAACAACAGCAGAACAACAGGAAACAGAACAAAGCAAAUGAAAGCCGAACAAACAGCAUCAAGAGACAAGAGUAGUAGAGAGUUAUAUAACGGGCAACACAAGAAAGCUAGCAACAUAAGUGCAAUUAUAACAAAAAUAACACUAAACUAAAGAUAGGAACACAGAUAUAUGUAUCUUCAAGAUAAUAACCAGGAUGAGAACAGUAAAAAGCGAGGGAGGAAGAGAAAGAGAAGAGGAUAGUCAAUACAAAUUCAAAACUUUCGCUAACUUGAAAUAAAUCCUUAAGCUCGAAACUUUUUUGCUUUACUUUUUAAUCAAAACGUAUAUAAAAUUCGUUCGAAAAACAUAAUUCUAUGUAAAAUCUAUGUACGAAUAAGUUAUCGAUGAUUAAUGCAACCUUAUGCGAUGGCCAUCACUAACUAACGUUAACUGCUUGCUUUACGGUCGUAUGAAAAUAGACUUAGCUGUGUGUCUUAUCUGAAAGACAGAGAUAGUUUUACGGGAGUGAGAGUGAGAGAAAUAUAUGCGUUAGUUUGGAUUUUAGUUGAUCUGGUGGCACAGCGGCAGAAAUGGUAGACUGUUAUACUUUUGCAGAUAUAAGUUGGCUAAAAAAACGGAUUGACCGGCUUUAAGACAUCGUUUGGGCAUACGAUUUGGAUACGAUUUUAACCGUUAUGUCUCAUGAUAUCUCUGUCUUUGGGAUAAGACAGCUGGCUAAGUCUAAUGUCAUACAAGCAUUAUUGUGAACAAAUUUACUAGUACGACAAAGAAAAUUAGUUGUAGUCGAUAAAAAAUGAUUGAAAUUUCAUUAUUAAUAUCAAUCAAAGUGAAAUGAUAAAAGUCGUGCUCGUUUUUAUACGUUGGAAAAACAAAACAUGAUUGACAUUUGUGCGUUUGAUUGGUGUAACAUAUUGAACAUAUUGUUAAUUUAAUUCAAAAUUCUUCUUUCCAAUUGUGCAUACAUACAUACACAUAAAUAUUUUGUUCCUCUGAUGAAUGGCAUGCCACCUCCUCAUAUUUAAGUCAAAAAUGUAUGAAACAAUAUACUGCAGAAUAUCACUAACUAUUCGUGAGCAGUUACAGUUAAAAAUUUAAAAUUAAAAAAAAAACAUUCUAAAAAUCGAUGUCAAUGGCGUAUAUGUUACAUGUUAUAAAACUCUUUUUCAAAGUGUGAAGGCAAUAUAAAAACGCCUUUAAAAAUUUCCCUACUUUCGGCAUUUGUGUUGUUUGAAAUUACAAAUCAGACCGAAAAAUUAGUGGGAACUACUCGACCAGGUCUACGAUUUAUACUAUGCUGUAGGCCACAUGAAAAGUACAAAUCAGAAACACUUCCGAAAAUAUAUUAAAAUCAACUGCACUCACUUGCUUGAGAAUUCCCCAUUAAGCAAUAAGCUAUUUUCAUGAAUUGCUUGAAUUUAGUGAAUAAUGUAUCACUUCAGCUGUUUUUAAGUAAACCAAUGGGAUAAUUGUGUUUCCUAUAAGAGGUCCCUUGUUUGAUUCUUGAUACUGAUCGUGGAUCAUGUGUAAUCUGUAAACUGAAUUCUUUACUACCUGAAUAAUAUAUAGCAGUAUUCCCUAUUGUAUUUGUGUCUUUCCACUUUUGGAAUAUUGCAAUUUGACUAGAGCACAUUUUUAAAAACCGAUUUGCUGGAAGGAUUAUCUUUAUACGAUACCAUACAAUAACUGUGAUUAAGAUUGUUUUUUUUUUGUAUAAAAUAUGAAUUGAUAAAAUGCAAAUGGAUUACACAUUAAUUGACCGUCUUAAAGUGCGAAUUAAAUAUCUACUAGCUCGCAAAGAACGGCACUCAAUAUAAAUAAUUCUUAAAGCCAUUCCAUAGCAGGGAUAUACGUAUGUAUUAUCUCAUACCUGCUCUUUCUUUGCCCCCCAUCGAACAAGACAGAAUGACAAUGUUAAUAUUUAUAGGCAAUUAUUAGUUAAAAGAGUAAAACCACCACAAAAGAACAAAGCGAAACAAGAAUCGUUGAAGGAAAGGAGCAAAAGGAGAAAACAGAUUAUGGAAGAAGUGCGAUCCUGUAUUUACUUAUAGCUAGGCUUAGCAAUUAGCAAUUAUAUAUUUUAAACAUUUAAACAUUAUGGAAUGAUAGAGAGAGAGAGAGGGGGAGAGAGAGCGAGAGAGAGGGGGAGAGAGAGCGAGAGAGAGAAAUAGGGAAAUAGAGAAAGAACGCAACAGAGAAAAAGAGAGAGAGGAUAUAAUAUUGAAUAGAGGUUUAUAUAUAUUUAUGUUGACAUAUUUUUCUACAACAAUUUGAAAUUGUAAUUGCUUUUAGGACAGCCAUUAGCAAUAAAUCAAUCAAUCAAUCACUCGAUCAAGAUCAAUGAAUGAUUCCCUCCCACACAUACAUGCAUACACAUUUAGUAUUUUCUAUAUACAGUCUGUAUUUAUACAUGCAUAUGUCUAUAAAAAACACUACACAUAACAUCUACAUUUAUGUGCAAGUAAAUAAAUAAAUAGAGUAUACUUUGUUUUUUUUUUUUUCUUUAUGACUAAAACAAUUAUAAUGCAUAUUUUUUGUAUAAAAUGCAAAAGUUAAAACUUUAAUAAAUGAUAAGAAGUCUAAAGGUAUAUGAAUACAUACAUACAUACAUCCAUACAUAAAUAUGAUGUAUUUAUAUGUUUACAAUCAAGUAUAUUUAAGGAUCCACUGGAAGCAGCAUCAACAAAUAGAACUGACGUGCCUAUGUAGCGAUUAAAUCAUACACAUACCCCUAAA